UUGGUUGACCUCUCCAGUUCUGCACGCACUGCCACGUUAGUAGCGGCAGAGACAAAAUACAGGCGACUGUAACAAGAAAAAAAAAGAUUUAACGACGCAAAGUGUCAGCCUGUGAAUCCGCCGGCUUUAGUCUGCAAAUCUGCCUUCUUCUGGUACUGCCGCCAAGCGCAAACAUGCUUAAGUUUUUGUUACUCUGUACCCUAGCUGUGGCAAGCAGGGCUGAAAUAACUGAGGAAGAAGAUGUUCUUGUAUUGAAGAAAAGUAACUUCGAUGAGGCUCUGAAAGCUCACCCACACAUUCUGGUUGAAUUUUAUGCACCAUGGUGUGGCCACUGCAAGGCCCUGGCCCCCGAGUUCGCCAAAGCUGCCGGUAUGCUGAAGUCGGAGGGCUCGGAGAUCCGUCUGGGGAAAGUGGACGCCACCGAGGAGGCAGACCUGGCCCAGGAGUUUGGCGUGCGCGGCUACCCCACCAUCAAGUUCUUCAAGGGCGGCGAGAAGGAGUCUCCCAAGGAGUACAGCGCUGGCCGCACCGCUGAUGACAUCGUCAACUGGCUGAAGAAGCGCACGGGCCCCUCCGCCACCACCCUGACCGAGGUCACCCAGGCCGAGAGCCUGAUGUCCGACAACGAGGUCGCCGUCAUCGGCUUCUUCAAGGAUGUGGACUCUGACGGCGCCAAGGCCUUCCUGAAGGCUGCCGAGGCUGUGGAUGACGUGCCCUUUGGCAUCACCUCCGACGCUGGCAUCUACUCCAACUACGAGAUGUCCAAAGAUGGAGUCGUGCUCUUUAAGAAGUUUGAUGAGGGCCGCAACACUUUCGAUGGCGAGCUGACCAAGGAUGCCCUCCUGUCAUUCAUCAAGUCCAACCAGCUGCCCCUGGUCAUCGAGUUCACUGAGCAGACUGCCCCUAAAAUCUUCGGAGGAGAGAUCAAGUCCCACAUCCUGUUGUUCGUGCCCAAGGCUGCAUCAGACUUCCAGGAUAAGAUGGACCAGUUCAAGAAGGCAGCACAGAACUUCAAGGGAAAAAUCCUGUUCAUCUACAUUGACAGCGACAUCGGCGACAACCAGCGCAUCCUGGAGUUCUUCGGCCUGAAGAAGGAGGAGUGCCCCGCCAUCCGGCUCAUCACCCUGGAGGACGAGAUGACCAAGUACAAGCCCGAGACCAGCGACAUCACCGCUGAGAACAUCGUCUCCUUCUGCACAGCCUUCGCCGACGGCAAGCUCAAGCCCCACCUCAUGAGCCAGGACAUCCCCGAGGACUGGGAUAAGAACCCCGUGAAGACCUUGGUGGGAAAGAACUUUGAAGAGGUGGUCUUUGACCCCACCAAGAAUGUCUUUAUUGAGUUUUAUGCUCCCUGGUGCGGCCACUGCAAACAGCUGGCACCCAUCUGGGACCAACUGGGAGAGAAGUACAAGGACGACAAGAGCAUCAUCGUGGCCAAGAUGGACUCCACCGCCAACGAGAUUGAGGCUGUCAAAGUCCACAGCUUCCCCACGCUCAAGUUCUUCCCUGCUGGUGAUGAGCACAAAGUGAUUGACUACAAUGGCGAAAGAACAUUGGAUGGCUUCACAAAGUUCUUGGAGAGCGGAGGAAAGGAAGGCGGCGCACCAGCUGGAGAUGACGACGAGGAUGAGGGAGAAGAUAUGGAAGACAUCAGUGACAUCGAGGAUGAUGAGGACGCAGAGGGACACGAUGAGUUAUAAAAGAGAUAGCAACAUGGAAGAAGCAGAAACAACCCCCCCGCAACACCACCACCACCACCACCACCACCACCUCCCUCUCCCUCAACCUCCCUGUCUUUUGAACACUAAUGCACAACUGCUCUCCAGCGGCCAAGCAUUGCAGGAACCACCACGAAGCUCGUGUAGCUGCCCCUUUGACUCCUCCACCUGCGCAUGGGCCCAGAAAGACUGCUUAUAUCCUCCAGCAGGGACUCAAUCAGAUGGCACCAAGGGAUUUCCAUGGAACCCACUUGGUGUUUAUGUUUAUUUUUUGAGUUCUUGCUAUUAUCAGUUUUGGCAUUGUACAAAAAUGAAUUUGAUUCAUUUGAUGUUCGUGGAGCCCCCUUUUAAAGUAAAAAAAAAAAAGCUAAAUGGAAUUCAGCCCACACAUCCAUAGGCUACACCUGCUAAUGCUGUGAUUUGUGAGCCAGUUGCAGUAAAUGACCUCGACUCGAAGAGGAAGCCAGUAAUAUAUUUUUUUUGUCCUGCUAAAUUCAGUUUGGGGAAGAAUAUGGUGUGUGGAUGGACUGAUCUCAGGGCUUUGGGGCCACAUAUAAAUAUACAUAUAUAAAUAUACUGUAAAGGGCCAAGUACAAGAAUGCAUUCUAUGUUACGAGCCAUCACAAUUAACAUGCUGGUGUAGCCGAGACCAAUCUGUGGGUUCUUCUAUUGUCUUUGACCAUAUCUCUUUUAGGCCUCCCGUGCAUAUUCUGUUUUUCCCCCACCCCCUUCACUUGGCUACUGAACCUUUUUUAAUAAGAAAUCUUGGAGAGAUAAUUUUAUUUAAUGUUUAUGUUAAUCUGUUCCAUAUAAUCCAAACACUCGUGGCCCCAGCAGCAGCAGCAGCAGCAGCAGUCUGUGGCCGUGUCGGCGCCAGGCGUCUGUCUCUCUCCUUUAGCAGACUUGGGAUCAGUGGGAAGGGUCACACGACUGCCGUGUUCCACGUUCUGUUGCACUGAAUUCACACCAUCUUGAGAUUUCCACAGCAGUUACUGAAAAGGCUGAAGUUAAAAACAUUAUUUUUUUUUAAUCAGUGUAGUCAGGGGGAAUGUGCAGCAGUCCUCCAGCCUACUUCCCACCCACCCCCACUACCGCCUGCUUUUAGCUCCCCAUUCCUCAGUCAUGUACUCCAGUGGUGGCACCCUCCCCAGCGGAGCGUCCCGGGUGGUUAUGUGUGUGUGUGUGCGUGUGCGUGCGUGUGUGGUCAUGAUAACAGGGAGGGGCAGAGUGUGUGUGUGUGAGUGUAUGUGCUUGUGUGUAAAUGUGAGUUAUUCUGCUUUAUUUCCCUCGCGUCCAAGGGCAGGGGUUGUGAAUGUAAAGGGUUAUUUUUUUAUGCGUGUUCAGUUUUUUUUUUUCCUAAGGGUUUGUUUUCGAGGGA